GAUCCAGACAAUGUCACCUUCUGCAUUCUGGCUGCUGAUGAGUUUGACGAGGGCGAUAUAGCCCUGCAGAUCCACUUCACCCUCAUCCAAGCUUUCUGCUGUGAAAAUGACAUCAACAUUGUACGUCUGAAUGACACAGAAAAGCUGGCUGAAAUCUUGGGCAGCAACGAUGAGUCUGGAGAGCCGAAAGAUCUGCAUUGCAUCCUUAUUACAAACCCUAGCGAGGAUGCUUGGAAAGACCCUGCUCUGGAAAAACUUGGUCUAUUUUGUGAAGAAAGCCGUAAUGUUAAUGACUGGGUUCCCGCUAUUACCCUUCCCGAGUGA